CAUUAUAAAAUGGAUUUUUCUAAAGGUUCAACAAGAACAAAUAAAGCAUCAGUGUUCUUCUUUACGAUGGUUGCAAAAGGGAUUCCAGGUUGUGUGCAAUGUGGCACAAGGAGUAACCCAUGCCGGUGUAAGGUGGUGGGGCCUACACUCGGGUUUGUGGCGUUUGUUGCAGCGGCGGCGGUGGAGUGGCCGGUGGGGGCUUUGCUGUACUAUUGUUUUAAGCACAUGAAGGGUCGCAAAAUCAUGGCUCAUCCUGCCACUGUUAUAUACCCGAAAGUCAUCAAUGCCAUCCCCAUCUAAGUCUAACUUACUAGUUCUAUACUUCUAUUUCCCAGUUCUAUAUGUACCAUCAUCAUAUCUGUUUUAAUUAGAUAUUAGAGUAUUAGAUAUAUAAUAAUAAAAAUAAUGAUGAUGAUAAUAAUAAACUAAUUACUCAAACUAAGUUUUUUUCCUUCGCUUUUACAUUUGUAUUGCAUCAUAUGAAUGGAUUUUGUCUGUAAGGGGUUUUCUUUACAUCAUAUCAGAGUUCAUGUAUUUGUUAAAGAUUUUCGUUAAAAUUUAAGUUUGUCCAUUUUUAAAAGAGAGUUUUUGGAGGCACUAUAGUUGGAAUUUUUUGUGAAGUCUAUGUUUAUCAACAUAGAUUUAGUUACAUUUUUUU